AUGGGAAAGAAGGUGAUUUGCUACUUCAGCUUCGGGACUGCCGAGGAUUAUCGCAGCGACUACAACCAAUUUCCGAGAUCCACUCUCGGUGGUUUGGUGUGCCAAAACCAGGACUGCUCGGAAGCAUGGCAGGGCGAGCGGUGGCUGGAUGUGAAGAGGACUGCCGUGCGUCAAUUACUGGAAAAGCGGAUUCAGCUGGCCAAGCGCAAGGGGUGUGACGGCAUAGAGCCGGACAAUGUGGAUGCAUACAAUGGAAACAUAAUGUUUGAAGCCAUCAGCCAGUUCACCAUCACGAGAAAGAACCAGCUCAACUUCAACGCGUGGAUUGCGAAUACAGUGCAUAAGUACGGCAUGUCAGUGGGCCUCAAGAACGCUGGCUCCCUCGCUCCCGCUUACAUGGCCGGCCUGUUUGACUGGGCGCUGGUGGAGGAGUGCAACCAGUACACGGAUUGGAGUGGUGGAGAGUGGUACAGCGGCAAGUACGGGUGCGACUAUGCCAACGAGUUCAUUCUUCGCAACAAGGCGGUGUUUGUGGCUGAGUAUGUGGAGAGCUGGGGCAACUCCGCGGGAGUGAAGAAUGGCAUUCGAUUCCCGCAGGGUAUGUGUGCUGACAACAAUGCUCAUGGCUUCACGACUCGCCUCUACGACCUUGACUUGGGGAAGGGGCCAAGUUAUGCAUUUGCCAACUGCCUGCAGCACAAGCCUGGAGGAUGCAAUGUGUGGAGGGAGUGUGUCAAGCCCAGCGUGUUUAACCAGUACAAGCAGCAGGGCAUGGCGAGAUGGGAUGCUGUAGGGCAAUGUGCCAGGGCUAGGAGAGCUGCGUGUAGGUAUACUUAA